AUGCAACAGCAAGAUUCCACGGCAUCUACAAAUCAACAGCUGGAAUCAAUACCAUCUACAGUCCACUCUCCAACUGGACUGAAACACCGCGAGUUUACCCAAAGGGAUAUGCAGGUCUCCACUUUUUCUCUGAGCAGAGAGAUGGACGAGCUGGAACCCAGGUCUUACACCCACGCUAAGAGCCCACACGGUGAGUUCUCUAUAGAGAACAUGCAACUGGAAGAGAUCGCCGGAUCGGGCCGCGACACUCCGACGCGUCGUAGGAGGCGCGAUUCUGGACAGCACGAUAUGCAGAGUUCCACCUUCUCUGUCAGCCAACCCUGGUAAACCGGAUUGAAUCAGUUUGAGAGGCUUUGCUACUUCAGCACUCCUGUAUUCUGGGAUUCGGUGUCGCUACAGCAGAAACAGCUUGUUGUGGAACGUGUUUCAAAUCUAUUCUUUAAUAAUGGCGGGUGUAUUUAUCGCCUACUUAUUUGGAAAAAAAAAGUCAGAGAGUUUUUGGUUUGUUUUUUAUGGUUGUUUUAAAGAUAGUCAACAAUACUUUUUUUCCACUAGCAACACUAGUUUCUAGCAGAAGCUAUUAAACUUUUGUGUUUUCUUUAUAUCCCCAAGCUUUUAGUUACGCUAUACUAUGUAACUAAAUUCAUAUGC